AUGGUGGUACCGCACAAAAGAAUCAAACGACGAGAUCACGUGACGACGAGGCGAGACGUUUUGCGAACGAAAAAAAAGAGCAACAGAUCUUCUUCCGCGCCGACGCCGGGGCUUCCAGGAGGGUCAGAGAAAAGUGCGUAUACCAACCGCGAAGGCAAGGAGACGGAGAAGGAAAGGAUGUCUUUACCGCCGUUUGAAACCGCAAAGUCCGGUCCAAAAACAACGCAAUGUUUGUUGUUUGAAAUCGAACUUCCAUCGAGAGAUAUCGGCAUUGAAUUCAAAGAAGUGAAAGGCGCACGAUUUGCGUGCAUGGUAUCUAAAGUCGAGAGAACGUCUCGAGCGUUUGGCAAGGUUAAGGAAGGAGACCUGCUGACGCGAGUGACGGCGACGCAAAUUCACGAGAAAGUGCCGGAAACGCAAGCGACGACAAUUUUGGAUCCUUGGAAAUGGAAUUCCGGGUGGUUUGAGUGUAAAGAUGAGUCGUUCGACGACGUUCUCGCGGCGAUUCGUUCGACGGCUGUGGUAAGCGCCGGAUACGUCCACAAGUUAGUGAGGUUCGAAUUUUUACGAACCGAAGAAGACGUCGCGGAAAAGGAAGAGGAGGAAGAGGAGGAACGCGCGACCGAACUCGCUUCAGACGACCAGAGAGUAAAAGAAAAAGAAGAAGAAUCAAAAGAGAAAGAGAAAGACGAAGAAAAAGAAUCAUCCUACCGCGAAGCGCUCUCGCACAGAGGCAAACUCGAAGCCGACCGCGAGGCGAAACAUAUCGAGUUUCCGAAAGAAGAAAUCGAAGGCGGUUUCGCCAAAGACGAAGAUUCCAAAAAGCUUUUCAAAGAAGAGACGUCCGCGUGGGACGAUUGA